AAUGUGAGUCUACCGAGCGCCUUGAAGACAAGUGGACAAUCUCACACACGAAUGGGUUACAAUCAAUGUCUGUACAGCAUAAUUUGUUUGAAGGGAAUCUAUAUUUUAUUCAAGGAAACAUUACAGAUAUUCAAAACGAAAUAUACCCCUUAAUGUACAUAAAUACUAGUGUACGGCAUGUUCCUUUUGGCAGACGUAUUGACAGCAUGUACGAAAUUAUCUACUCGUUCAUAUCACCCGCAACCGGCCAAUCAAGCAUCACAAUUGAUUUGGGCAAAAACAUAUCUAGCAAUCCAUUCAGAAACAUGGCUGUUAUGGUAUGCAAAAAAUUGACAAUAUCUGACACCGCGACAUUGGUUGCACACCAAAUCGACCCGUUUUCUGUAGCUGUAUUUUGGAAUAUCGAUGACCAAGAAAGCAAGAUGAAAAUGAUUAAACUCGGUGCAGGAACAACAGAUGGUGGCUUAGAGCUCCAGCCAUUUUUGGCCGUACACACAAGGAGCAACAACUUCGUGAUCCAUACAUCAUUCAGGCAUAAUACACCUGUAUUUAUAACUGUGGUAGCUGAAAAUCAUGCAGGCCUGACCAAUGUUUUCCGGCUGAGUUCUCCAACAGUUAUCGAUCAUACGUCACCUAUCGUUACUUCGUUAGAGACACGCGUUAUUGUAGAGACAACAAAUGUUCCGGAAACACAUGGCCAUGUCCGAAUUAGCACAGUGUGGGAAGUAGAAGACCUUGAAUCGGACGUAAAGUUCUGCACAUGCGCAUUAGGUCACGCGCCAUUUCUGGACGACAUUAUGUCUAGGUUUGAUUCCCAAACAUUGCGGUCCUGUUUCGCCAAUGACGUAAAGCAAGCGCAUAACUCCAAAGUCUAUGUGACAAUCAAGUGCUACAAUAACGCACACCUUUGUACAACAGUGGUUUCUGAACCUGUGAAUGUGUUCCUGCAACCACCCGAUAUGUCUUCUGCUACUGUUCAAUAUUUACCAAUAAAUGAGCAACAGAUGGCAAGUGGUUUUGUCGGAUUGAGUGGAUUGCCAGUACAGACAAAUACUACGUGUUUGCUUUUAGAAUGGAGCAAAGUUGGGGAUAUUUCUGAAAUGAUGUCUUAUACAUACCGAAUUCAUCAAAACGGCACGCUUCUACAUGACUGGGUCAAUAUUUCCUUAAAAAAUAUGCUCAGCAUCGAAAACCUGGACCUGAUUUCAAACACCAUAAUUACUGCUGAAAUUAAGGCUGUGAAUGUUGGACAAUUCACAAGUGAAAGCAUCAUUACUUUGAUACAAGUACACAACCUUGCACCGCCUCUCACCGGCAAUCCUGCAAAUCUGACUCGCCUUAAUGACACCCUUCUUCUCGACUGGGCGGACGUCUUCAAUACAGCCCCUGAUAUUCCACAUCGCUAUGGCCUAAUCAUUGGCUCUCGUGACGGGCACACAGAUAUUGCAGACGUGGCACAUCUUAGUAAACAUGUUUAUGACGUCACCAUUCCGUCAUACACGCUGGUUUCUCCCGUUGUUAGCGAGCUGUUUGUUUGCAUAUUUUGCACAUACAGUACAGGGUUGUCGUCGAUGUACAAAACAAAAGUCAUUCUAUAACAAAAGUAUUUUGUCUGUAUAUCUAACUAUUAUUCCAAAUAAAGUUUCUGGUGUGUACGAGUUAUACGUUUGUGUGUUUCUGUAUGUGUACACUUAUGCUUUUGUUUAAAUUUCACUUAUAUUGGUAUAUAAAUUUUGCAUGAAAGGUUUGACGUUCUUACCACAUUAAAUUUUUAGAUAGCUGCACAAUACAUGUAUUUUUGUAUACUCUCAUUUAUAGUGUCUACUGUAUAAUACUGACUCAUACGAUAUUGAAUUUUUGUUUUGUGUGUAGGAAAAAAAAACAAUCGUACGAUUAAAUACGUGUCAAAUAUUUGGAUUUACUUCAGUAAACCGAGACGAAAUGUACAGUUUACUGGUAUUUGCGAGUAUUCUGUGAGGUAUCGUGAGUCGGACCAAAAUGUAUAGAGACUUUAAGUACUAAUGAAUAACUAAUGUAUUGCAUAUAAAAUAGUUGAGUUUAAAAUACACAAUUCCAGAUAAUCUGUGUGACAGUGCGUCUGACGUAGAUGAUGUUAAAGGGGUUAUGGCGAGUGUGGAUUUAAUGACACAAUUUUAUUUUCUAAAUCUAUAACCUUCAUAUGGAUAUGAACGAGAAAUAAUAUCUUAUAAUAGUACCCUAUCAUAUAAAAUCAAUGUAUACAAUAUUAUUAAGUAUAAUCAAUGACUUAAUAAACUAUAUG